AUGACAAUGUUUUCUGGGCAGCGUAGAUCCUGCGCGCAGUCGCUAUUGACACCUAGCACCGGUGUUAUGAGCUUCACGAAUCAGCUCACGACGAUGACAGAACUGCAUCACCCUAACUGCGCCAAAGAUACUGAGCUUGUCGUUGAACUCAGCCUUGUGUCACGGCAACUCGUCCAAGGCACCUGUGAACCGUCCCUUUUGUUCUCUACAUCCGAUACAUCCUACAACCAAAUUGUCAUAUUGCUCAAAAAUGAAGGCCGUGAUCACUCUCAUCAACACCGCAGCAUUGGCGAAUGCAUUGCUUCCAAGGCUCGUGGGUCUUCGCGGCUAUCCACUCUUCAUCGUUUCAGCCGUGACGUGCUCGCCGCAACAGCGAAGUUCACCAACCAAGGAACGAAGUAA